CUGCUAGGUUCAUUCGCUUUUCCAUUUAAUUUUCUAUUUUUUUAUACAAAUUCAAGUUUUAAUUCGAGUUUUCGGUGUGUAUAUGUUUUAAGAAAGUUUUAAUAAAAAGCUUGUUAACAAUAUUAUGCGUUAUUAACUCGCAAAGUCAGUAAAGUAACAAACUUUCUAAUCGAAGAAAAGCCGAACAUUUUUCCGAACUUGAACUCUCACUAUCUAUUUUGAUUUAAAAGGAUUAUUAACCAAAAGAAGUAUAUAAUUAUUAUUAUCUAAAUAAUAAUUAAUAUAAAUAUUAUAAAAUGAAUAUUACAUUGGAACUAUUAAUGUGGAUAGCUGUUGCUGUUUUAACUCACAUAGGUGUUUACAUUUUUGUUUCAAGAAAACGCCCUAGAUUAAUAGUAGGGCGACAUGUUGUCAUCACAGGAGGUUCGAAAGGAAUUGGUCUUCGUUUAGCAGCUGAGUGUGCGAUGAAAGGAGCUAAUGUGACAAUAAUUGCACGUGACGAAAAAAUGCUAAAUGGAGCUGUUGCCUUGAUGGAAGUAAUUAGACAAGUUCCAGAUCAGAAGUUUCAAUACCGUUGUUUAGAUAUUGCCUCAAGUUAUGAAGAAGUUGCACGAGCUCUUGCUGAAAUUGAAGGUUCUUUUGGUGAUAUUUACAUGCUUAUUAAUUGUGCUGGUAUGGCAAUAUGUGGUGCAUUUGAGGAAGUUUCUGUUGCGGAUGCACGCAAGCUAAUGGAGGUCAAUUAUUUUGGCACAUACAAUUGUACGCGGUAUGUACUGCCCAAAAUGAAAAAAGCACACGAAGGCAUUAUUGUUAUUACAGCCUCUUUAGCUGCUUUAUUUGGUAUAUAUGGGUAUGGGCCAUAUGCAGCAUCUAAAUUUGCUUUACGAGGUAUGGCUGAGACAAUUGCGAUGGAGUCAAGGCAUUUAGGCGUUUCUGUAACGUUGGCCUUACCUUCUGAUACUGAUACGCCUGGCUUUGAAAACGAAGAAAAAACUAAACCAAAAGAGACAAAAAUAAUAUCCGGCGGUGGGGGCUUGGCACAGGCUGAACAAGUAGCAAAGCAAAUUCUGGAUGAUGCUUUGAAAGGAAACUUCAUUUCUGUAUUAGGUACAGAAAGUUGGAUUUUGGCUUUACUAGGAGGUGGACUAUUUCGUUGGGGUGGUUUACUGCAAAAUCUACUUCACGCAGUUAUCUUGGGACCUUUGCGUAUCGCUUUUUGCUUCAUGCAUUUGCAUUUCGAACGCAUCAUCAAAAAAUGUGCCAAAGAAAAAGUCGAUUAGCAGAUUAAUAUAUAUGUUUACGUAUAUUAUAACCAAUUCGUUUUAAACUUGAAUUUAAGUAAAACACGUUUUAAUAAAAUGCAGCGAAAAAAAUACUUUAAUUUUAGCCUACGUGCUUCGCACUUAUUCCAGUUUGGCAUUUAAUA